CAGUGGCUUCUCUUCAUUUAGAUAUAUAACUUCUUAAACAAUCAUUGCACAUGGCUCUCAGUUUUCCUAUAAACUAUAACAUCAAUUAUUUAUUAUUUUCUCUCUAUGUGACAACCAUAGCCACAUAGGUCAUGUACAUGGCAGGUGCAGUCUCUCUCUGACUCAUGUGGUUAAACAAGAACUUCAAAACUUUCAUAAGACUUGGGGAUUUGUGGUUUUUAAUAAACACAAAGCAGGAAUAUAGCCAUGUGGUUUCAGAAUCUUUCCCUCACUCUCUUAUCAUUUUAAUGGAGCCCCUUUCUCUCAUCAAUCAUCAUCCAAUUGUUUUUUGUUUGUAUUACUCAGCUGUAUCUCAUUGCUUUCAUUACUCAUUUAAGUACUUCCUUACUCUCAGUCACAAUCUUUGAAAAUAUUUCCUUCUCUCUGUUUUGUACAUCUUCAAAACAACAACAGUAAGCUCAAGAUGCUACAGAUUAUUGGUAAGACCCGGUCAAGAUCAGCAUGCCGCUACCAGAAGCUAAGUCAUCAUUACGAGAAGGCUACCACAAGAGCUAUACGACAUCACGAGGGGAAGAAAAUAGAGGGUAGGUCAAAAGGGUUUAGACUAAACCGACCAAGGAAGCUGGUUCUUAAGGCACUUGUUUUGCCAAGAAGGUUCUUGAGCAUUUACUCACGUAUAACAGAUAAAAUGAACAGAGAAGGUUUCUAUUUCAAUCUUAUUAUCUCUUCUCACUGGGGCUUCCCUAUAUUGUUAGAGAAUAAGCUGAGGUUUUGACGUUUGUGACUUUUGUAUAGACCCAAAAAGAGAUCAAAAAGAGAGGAAUGAUGAAACUGUACCCAAAGGCUACUUAUAAUGUUAAACCAAAUGCUUAUGAUGGUUCGGUCUGUCUUAUUUUUUCCAUGGUUCAGACUUGACAUCAAGUAACUAGCGAGUCCUCUCUACUUUCUUGAGUUGCUUAGCAACAUUUUUGAGAAAAUAUCAAAAGUAUAUGGUUGUGUUGGUUGCUCAAUAAUGAAUCACUCAUACUUGGUCCACAAGCUUUACUUCUUGUCCCGCAAGUUAUCUUUGAUACACUAAUACACAAAUCUUAUAUUAGUAAGCCAGACAGAAAGUGUCUAAAAUUUAAUGUUAAGUGUGUAUUCAACUGAUCAUGGGACUGAACUUAUGUAUAUCUUCAUUUAUACAGAAGUUCAUGUUACGAGCAGCUUCUCAACAGUUCACACUUCAUCGACCAUAAUCUCACUAAGACAUGCCACAGGUCAUGUUGAUUGCAAUGUUUAGUACAUUAUAUGGCAUUUUGUAUGGGAUUAGUCGUUGACAAUACAAGAGAUAGAGUAGUAAGCCCACUUUAAACAUAUUAUUUAGUAUAAUUGCUGGAGAUUAAGCGUGACAGAUAAAGCAUCAAUUAAAGAAGAGAUAAAAGGCAAGAAGAGAGAUAGCAUGAUAAAGGAGAUAACCACUUUACAGAACAUAAAGACUUUACAAAACAGAAUGUGAUGAUUUGUGACAACCACCUUGUGUUUUUAUAUGUGUUAUAAUCAGAAGCAACACAUUUAAAGAUUGAAGCUUGUCUGUAAAGUAAAAAAGUUUUUUUGGGUCACUUUUAAGGGAAUCAAGAAGUAUCAUUAUAAAGCUGUAAAAGGGUAUAGCAUUUUCAAGAAGAAACCAUUUUCAAGAAGAAACCAUAUCUGAGAAGGACAAGGCUAU